AUGUCUUUUAUAGAGCAGCCUAAUACCAUUAUUUUUAAAGCCAAAGGGCUGCUUUCUUUUCCUAUUGAAGUAAUCAAUAAUAGCAAUUUCAUUACAACAUUAAAUCUCAGUUUAAACUGUAUUACAGAAAUACCAAAUGUUAGUUUUGAACGACUUAGUGUAUUGGCAUUACUAGGAAAUAAAAUUUCAUUUAUUUCAGAAAAACAAACAAAAUCAUUUCCGAAAUUACACAAACUUGAUGUUUCACAAAAUUUAUUAUCUGAUAUCUCAUCACUUAUCAAUCUCACAUGUCUCAGUCAUCUUGAUUUAUCACAAAAUUCAAUAACUGACAUCACUCCUCUUAUUCAAUUAGAAAACUUAGAAUUUCUUUCAUUAUCAGUUAAUUAUAUCCAUUCACUACCCGAUGGAUUUACAAAACUUAGAAAAUUAAAGACUUUAGAUUUAGAUCAUAAUUUCUUUGAAACUAUCCCAACAACUAUUUGUGAAUGUCCUCUACAAUCAAUAAACUUAAAUGGUAAUUCUAUUAAAAAAAUUCCAAUUGAAUUUACCAAAUUACAAUCUUUACACAUGUUUUCUAUUGCAUGUAAUCAACUAACAGAACUCCCUUCAUUCUUUUCUUUAUUAUCAAAUCUAAAUUCAUUAGAUAUUGACCAUAAUCCAUUAACUUCAAUUAAUCUUUUAGCAAGUAUGAGUAUAUCUGAUUUAGUAAUGAGUGAUGUAUUAUUUAAUACUCUUUCAUUACAUGAAUUUGUUACACUAACAAGAUUAAGAAUAUUUGGUGGAAAUAUUAAACAAGUAAAUGAGUUACCUCCAAUUAAAACAUUAUAUAUUGAAAAUCUUGGUCUUAAAAAAAUUGAAUCAAUUCCAGAGUGUAAUGAACUUUCAUUACAGACAAAUGGACUUACUUCUAUUCCAGCAGUUAAUUCUGCUAUAGAAAUAUUAAAUUUAAAAGAUAACUUAUUAACACACUUACCUGAUAUGUAUCCUACUCUUCAACGAUUGGAUGUUACAAAAAAUCUCUUAUCUGAAUUACCACAAUUACAUACAUCACUUCGAUUUCUUUCAAUUUCAUGUAAUAACUUUGAAUCCUUUCCAAAUAAUAUAACUCAAUUAAUUCAUCUUCGUUAUCUAGAUUUAUCAAACAAUAAAGUUAUUUCUAUUCCAUCUUCAAUAUGUAAUUUAGUUGAAUUAGAACAAUUAAGAAUGUCUUUUAAUUAUAUUUGCUCUUUACCAAAUGAAUUGUCAAUGCUCAGUCAUUUAAGGUUAUUAAAUAUUUCUCAUAAUAGAUUAUAUCAAUUACCACCAUAUCUUCCUCUUUCAUUAAGAACAUUAUUAAUAAAUUCUAAUCAUUUAAUUUGUUUACCUUCAAUAAUAAAAAAUAUUCAUUUAAUAGAAAUUGAUAUUAGUUGUAAAUCACUUGUUAUUUGUGGAAAAAAGUGUUCAGGAAUAAAUAAAUUAAAGAAAAAUACUAUUGUUUUAAUGACAACAAAAACUAAUAAUGGAUUAUAUUCUCUACCUGUUAAACGAUCUACUAUUACAACAAUUAAAAGGAAUGAUAAUAAAUCUAAAUUAAUACAUCCAUGUAAUAAUACUUGUUCAUUUGGUAUUUCCGAAUGGAAAGGAAAUAGAGAAACUAUGGAAGAUUGUUUGUGUGUAAUAGAAAAUUUUAUUGAACAAGGAAAUCAUUUAAUUGUAUUAUGUGAUGGGCAUGGUGGAUCAGAAACAUCAUUUUAUUGUGUUUCUCGAUUUAAAGAAACAAUAGAAAAAAUACUUAUUCAAAAACCAGAAGCAGGAAUAAAUAAUAUUCUCAUUCAAACAUUUCUUGAACUUAAUAAGAAUAUUAAUACUUAUGGAAUUAAAGAUGGAUCAACAUGUCUUUGUAUUUUUAUUUGUGAUAAAAAAUUUUAUAUUGCUAAUACUGGAGAUUGUAAAUGUUUAUUAAUAAAACAAGAUGGAUUUAUACAAUUAACUGUUGAACAUCGUCCAGUUAUUAAAUCAGAAUAUAAUAGAAUAAGAGAAAAUGGUGGUUAUGUUAUUAAUGAUAGAACAAACGGCAUUCUUGCAUUAUCAAGGAGUUUAGGAGAUACAUCUAUUCAACCAAUUUUAACACCAACACCAGAUAUUUUCAUUAGAGAACGAGAAGAAUCUGAUCAAUUUCUUAUUGUGGCAUGUGAUGGUGUAUGGGAUUUCUUAAGGAAUGAAGAAGUUUAUUCAAUAGUAAAAAAUAGAAUAAGGUCUGAACCUUCAGACAUUUCAUCUUCAAUAAGAGAUAUGGCAUUUGCACGAGGAAGUACUGAUAAUGUUUCAUGUGUAGUUUGUAAAUUUUAA